CAGCUGACUGUCAAAUGUCAUUUGUCAAGUUUGUAAAUUGUAAUCAAACAUUGCAAAUUGCAAUUUAGAAAAGCGAAAAACUUUUACGGCUUCAUCUUUCGAAUGAAAAAUAAUUGAAAAUUUGGUUAAGAAGUACAUAUUUUAAAAUAUGCGUCUGUUAACAUUUAGUUUCCUAAAAAACUGUUCAUUCAAAUGUUUGUAUCGAGGUUUGCCAAAGAAAUACAGCUCGGUUCAAACUGACGUUACGGAACCAAAAGUAAUUGGUGAUCCUAGCUUAGUGGAAAUAUGCCCAACAUGGAAAGGGGAUGAGGAGGUGGAGUUGCGAGAGGCGUUCCUGCGCGACAUGCAGGUGCUGCCCGAGUUCGUGUCGGCGCAGGAGGAGGCGGCGCUGCUCGCCGAGCUCGAGCCGCGGCUCAAGAGGAUGCGGUACGAGUUCGAUCACUGGGAUAAUGCGAUCGAGGGCUACCGCGAGACGGAGGUGUCGUCGUGGCGUGCGGAGAACGAGGCGGUGAUGCGGCGCGUGCGCGCGCUCGCGUUCGUGCGCGACGAGCCGCUGCCGCACGCACACGUGCUCGACCUCGCCGCCGCCGGGUUCAUCCGCCCGCACGUCGACGCCGUCAGGUUCUGCGGGGCGGUGAUCGCAGGCGUGUGUUUAGCGUCGAGCGCGGUGAUGCGGUUGCAGCAUGAGGCGCGGCCGCACCUCGCCGCGCAUGCGCUGCUGCAACGACGCGCUCUCUAUAUCAUGCGGGGCGUGGCGCGCUACUCGUUCUCGCACGCGGUGCUGGGCGGCGCGGGCAGCGUGUGGCGCGGGCAGCGCGUGGCGCGCGCGCGCCGCGUGGCGGUCAUCUGCCGCAGCAAGCCCGCGCCCGCGCCCGCGCCCGACCAACAUUCCGCUGGUGCGUCAUUGUAUGUGGUGCUUGUGUUCUUGCUCGUCCAUGUCGUCGAGGGUCUCGACCUCGAGGUACUCCACCUCUCCGUCGUGGUCGCCGUCCGCCUCCGCCUCGCCGUCCGCGUCGUGUUCCACCUCCAUGUGCUCCUCCUCCUGCGAGUCGCCGCCCUCCUCCUGCUACAACACCACACGUGGUCGUACAAUUACAAUGUGUGUAACUCACAUGCGUCCGCAUUCGCGGCACGUGGUGGAGGGCGGCGCGGCGUCGUCUCCCGCGGCGGCGUCGUCGGGCAGCUCGGACGCGUGGCACUUGCGGAUGUGCGCCAUGAGGUUGUUGCGCGUGGCGAAGCGCAGUAUGCAGCCGUCGUACCCGCACACGAACUGGCGCGCCUGGCGGUGCCGCAGCAGGUGCGCCGCGAACAGCUCGGGGUCGCGGUAGGUGCGGAAGCAGGCGGGACACACGUGCGGCGGCGAGGCGGCGCGGCCGUGCGCGGCGGCGGCGUGCGCGGCCAGCGCGGCGCGGUCGGAAAGCGCGCGCCGGCCGCACGCCGGGCAGCGCGCCUCGCACGCGCCCUCGUGCCGCCGCAGCUCCGCGCCCGACGCGAACGUGCGCGCGCACAGGUGGCAGCGCAGCGCCGCCGCCGCGUGCGCCGCCGAGUGCGAGCGCAGCGCGGCGCGCGUGCCGAACUGCGCGCCGCAGGUCCAGCACGCGUGCGCGGCGCCGGGCGCGUGCGCGGCGCAGUGGGCGCGGUAGUCGGCGACGCGCGGGUAGGAGGCGGGGCAGACGGUGCACUGGUAGACGUGGUCGCCGCGCGCGUUGCGGGCGCGCUCGAGGUCGUCGUCGUCGGCGCGCGCGGCGGCCGCGAGCGCGUGCUUGUCCACCAUGAUGAUGUCGUCCUCGCUAUACACGCCGCCGGCCGCCGCGCCCGAACCGCCCACCACUAUGAAUACGUCUAUCUUCUGUGUGAUCCUAGCUGGUGGAUAUGCCCAACAUGGAAAGGGGAUGAGGAGGUGGAGUUGCGAGAGGCGUUCCUGCGCGACAUGCAGGUGCUGCCCGAGUUCGUGUCGGCGCAGGAGGAGGCGGCGCUGCUCGCCGAGCUCGAGCCGCGGCUCAAGAGGAUGCGGUACGAGUUCGAUCACUGGGAUAAUGCGAUCGAGGGCUACCGCGAGACGGAGGUGUCGUCGUGGCGUGCGGAGAACGAGGCGGUGAUGCGGCGCGUGCGCGCGCUCGCGUUCGUGCGCGACGAGCCGCUGCCGCAGCACGUGCUCGACCUCGCCGCCGCCGGGUUCAUCCGCCCGCACGUCGACGCCGUCAGGUUCUGCGGGGCGGUGAUCGCAGGCGUGUGUUUAGCGUCGAGCGCGGUGAUGCGGUUGCAGCAUGAGGCGCGGCCGCACCUCGCCGCGCAUGCGCUGCUGCAACGACGCGCUCUCUAUAUCAUGCGGGGCGUGGCGCUACUCUCGUUCUCGCACGCGGUGCUGGGCGGCGCGGGCGGCGUGUGGCGCGGGCAGCGCGUGGCGCGCGCGCGCCGCGUGGCGGUCAUCUGCCGCAGCAAGCCCGCGCCCGCGCCCGCGCCCGACCAGCUCUGAAGUAUAUCGGGGUAAUGCUCAGCAUAUUCUCUGUUUUUGGUACCGACGACGAGUUACUUCCUAUUUAUGACCCUAGUCUUUCAUUACGAGUAUUGUACAAUAUAUUUUAUUAAUAAAUGCAACUCAAAUAAACAAGAGCAUACUUUAA